UCAGAUGACCAUCUAUCCCAUACUAUGACCUCAGAUGUCCAUCUAUCCCAUACUAUGACCUCAGAUGUCCAUCUAAGUUCUCACAGUGCCGAUCAAUCAACACAUCCACCCAAAUCCAAGGAGUCUUCUUUAUAUAACAGGAGUCACACAGGGGAGCGUCCCUUUUCAUGUUCCGAGUGCGGAAAGUUUUUUGCUACCAAAGGAACACUUGUUCGACACCUAAGCAUUCACACGGGAGAGCGUCCUUUUCCAUGCCCAGAGUGUGGGAAGUGUUUUAUUAGGAUGGGAGUUCUUCGUGCACACCUGAGGAUUCACACGGGUGAGCGUCCUUUUUCAUGUUCAGAGUGCGGGAAAUGUUUUUCUGACAAAGGAACACUUGUUAGACACCUAAGCAUGCACACGGGAGAACGUCCUUUUUCAUGUUCAGAGUGCGGGAAAUCUUUCAUUAGGAUGGGAAGUCUUCGUACACACCAGAGAAUUCACACUGGUGUGCGUCCUUUUUCAUGUUCAGAGUGCGGGAAAUGUUUCAUCGAAAAAGCAAAACUUAUUGGACACCAGAAAAGUCACACGGGGGAGCGUCCCUUUUCAUGUCCUGAGUGUGGGAAAUGUUUUACUACAAAAGAGGGCCUUCAUAGACACCAGUCAGUUCAUACUGGUGAGCGUCCUUAUUCAUGUUCAGAGUGCGGGAAAUGUUUCGCUUUGAAAGAAGACCUUGUUAAACACCAGAGAAGUCACACGGGUGAGCGUCCCUUUACUUGUUCAGAGUGCGGGAAAUGCUUUCUUAGGGUUGAUCACCUUCUUAAGCACCAGAGACGUCACACGGGUGAGCUUCCUUUUUCUUGUUCAGAGUGCGGAAAAUGUUUCGCUGAAAAGAACAGACUUCUUAUACACCAGAGAAUACACACAGGGGAGCGUCCUUUUUCAUGUUCAGCGUGCGGGAAAAGUUUCAUUGACAAAAGAGUACUUCAAACACAUCAAAGAUGUCACGCUGAUCAGCAUCCUCAUUCAUGUACGGAGUGCGGGAAAUCUUUCACUGAUGAUGGAGGACUACGUAGACACCAAAAAAUUCACACGGAUGAGUGUCCCCAUUCAUGUUCAGAGUGCGGGAAGUGUUUCACUGAUAAUGGAAAACUUCUUAGACAUCAGAGAAUUCACACAAGUGAGCGUCCUUUUUCAUGUACAGAGUGCGGGAAAUGUUUCAUUGAUAAAGGAACACUUCUUAGACACCAAAUAACUCACACGGGCGAGCGUCCUUUUUCAUGUUCAGAGUGUGGGAAAUGUUUCACUCAGAAAGGGAGCCUUCUUCUACACCAGAGAAGUCACACGGGCGAGCGUCCUUUCUCAUGCUCAGUGUGCGGGAAAUGCUUCCCUAGGGCUGAUCACCUUCUUUCACACCAGAGAACACACACAGGGGAGCGUCCUUUUUCAUGUUCCGAGUGCGGGAAAUGUUUUACCGUCAAAGGAAAACUGCGUGAACACCAGAAAAGUCACACGGGUGAGCGUCCUCAUUCGUGUACGGAGUGCGGGAAGUGUUUCCUUGAUAAAGGAACACUUCUGAGACAUUGGAGAAUUCAUACGGGCGAGCGUCCUUUUUCAUGUUCGGAGUGCGGGAAAUGUUUUACUAUAAGAAAGAACCUUCUUAGACAUCAGAGACUUCAUACCAGUUAGUGUCCUCUUUCAUGUUUAUAGUGCGGGAAAUGUUUUCCGGGUUCACCCAUCUGACCACGGAGCCCGAGACCGCUGUAACAGGCGGGGGAACCAAUGACGUUCCUCCCCAUCUGGGAACCGAAAGCGACGAUGGGUCCUGAUUUCCGGGUCCUUCUCUCUGCUUACCUGAUUGGCCGCAUUGGAGGUCACCGGAGGGUCUAAUAGACUCCAGAUCUCUCCAUAAAGAGGACCUGUGACGGCCCAUGGGAUGUUGUUCAUUUCUUAUGAUAGCAAUAAAGUUAAAAUAAAAAAAAAUUGUGUAAAA